CUCUCCCUCGCGCGCUGGGUGGUUCUCUUUGCGCGUGCGCGACCCUUUGCUCGCUUGCUUGGGUUGCCCGCCCGCCCGCCUGAGGGAAUUGAAGCGGAGUUGAGGCGGGUGCUGGUGGGGUGCGGAAAGACGGGGAAGCGCGUGAGGCGCCGUUGCCGCGAGGGGAAGAGGGGAGACCCGCGUGCGGCGCGGGAGGGGAGGGGUGGGCGACGGGGAGGCCGGGCGAGAUGAGCGCUCGGCUCCCCGCUAGGGCCAGCCAGGAGGAGCAGCAGCAGCAGCAGCACAAACAGCGGCCGCGGCUGCCUUCGCCGCAGUCGCCGCCGCCGCCAUCGUCUCGCCCCGUCUGAAUGAACUGAGGCGAGAGAGGCCGCUUUCGCCGGCUCGGCCCGGUCUGGCCCAGGCCUCCUCCCUGCGCCGCUUCGGAGCGCCCACUCAGAGCCCCCUCUCCCGUAGGAUCUUAAAGGACAAGACAUCAUGGGAGCAUUUUUAGAUAAGCCAAAGAUGGAGAAGCACAAUGCCCAAGGGCAGGGCAAUGGACUACGUUAUGGGCUAAGUAGCAUGCAAGGUUGGCGAGUUGAGAUGGAGGAUGCGCAUACAGCUGUAAUUGGCUUACCAAAUGGACUUGACGGGUGGUCUUUUUUUGCUGUGUAUGAUGGACACGCUGGAUCCCAAGUUGCCAAAUACUGCUGCGAGCAUUUAUUAGAUCACAUCACAAGCAAUCAUGAUUUUAAAGGCCGUGGAGCUUCGCCAUCCGUGGAGAGUGUAAAGACAGGAAUCAGAACAGGUUUUCUGCAAAUUGAUGAACAAAUGAGGCUACUUUCUGAGAAGAAGCAUGGUGCGGACAGAAGCGGGUCAACAGCUGUGGGAGUCCUCAUUUCUCCUCAGCACACUUAUUUUAUCAACUGUGGAGAUUCUAGAGGAUUACUUUGUAGAAACAGAAAGGUUUAUUUCUUUACGCAAGAUCACAAACCAAAUAAUCCACUGGAGAAGGAACGUAUACAGAAUGCAGGUGGUUCAGUCAUGAUUCAGCGUGUGAAUGGCUCCCUGGCUGUGUCUAGAGCACUUGGAGACUUUGAUUACAAAUGUGUCCAUGGGAAAGGCCCUACAGAGCAGCUUGUCUCACCUGAGCCCGAAGUUUAUGAAAUUGAGAGAUCAGAAGAUGAUGAUCAGUUCAUCAUACUGGCCUGCGAUGGCAUCUGGGAUGUUAUGGGAAAUGAAGAGCUGUGUGAAUUUGUCAGAUCAAGGCUUGAAGUCACUGAUGACCUUGAAAGAGUUUGCAAUGAGAUAGUCGACACCUGCUUGUAUAAGGGAAGCCGAGACAACAUGAGUGUGAUAUUGAUCUGUUUCCCAAAUGCACCAAAGGUAUUACCAGAGGCAGUGAAGAGAGAAGCAGAGCUGGACAAGUUCCUGGAAAGCAGAGUAGAAGAGAUCAUAAAGAAGCAGGGCGAAGGAGUGCCAGACUUAGUCCACGUCAUGCGUACUUUACAAACAGAGAGCAUCCCAAACCUUCCACCAGGGGGUGAAUUGGCAAGCAAACGGAGUGUGAUUGAAGCAGUUUAUAACAGACUGAAUCCUUAUAGAAAUGAUGAUGCUGACUCUGCAUCAACCGAUGAUAUGUGGUAAAACUGCCAUCUAAGCUGUGGAGUUUACAUCCAUCCUGAUGGAAAUUGCACCCUACCCACAGCGACCCUUCCUAACAUCCAUCUUCCACCUUACUUGAAGGGGAAAAGAUGUGUUGGUGAAAGUGAUGACACCUGGAAGCUGCAGUCCCAACACCUAGCCCAGGAACUGAUGAUCUUUUUUUCCCCUUUUCGUUUUCUAUUGCAAAACAGACUUCUGUAAAAGUGAUAUUGAAACCAAUAUGUUGUAAAUUGGACUCUGAGCAAUUUUAUGUUGUAUGAUUUUUGUUUUGUAAAGUGCAAUUGUGGUUGUACAAAAUGCUUAUUUAAUGAUGAACUGCUUUACAUCGAUUAAGGUUAGAUUAAAUGCUUGGUUUGUUGCUUUGAACAACAGUAAUCUAGCCCUUUUCCAUUCACAUUUGUGGUUCUGGGUUCCUGGGAGCAGCAACCUCGCCAGCUAAGCGCUCAGGAGGUACAUAGAAAUUGUGUAAAGGCUAUUUUAUAUAAAGGCAGAUCAUUGCGAUUCUAGUAUGGAAAAUAACUGAUAAAACAGUUCAUUCUCCAUCGAACUUUUAGUUGUUCGAUUGAAAAAAUAAAAUAAUUCCUGCGGGAUCUAAAAAUCCUAUUGAAAUAUAUGGGAAGUUCAGUGAACAAAUGGGACAGGUUUGCCAACCUUGCAACAUGGCAGUGAAAUAUCGAUCAUGGGGGUUAAAAUGCCUUGAUUAUUUGCACCUUUAAAAAAAUCUUUACCUUCAGUUAAUUUUCAGUUAUGUAAGCGGCUAUGUCUUUAUUUAGUAUAAGCCUGCAGCGUUCUUAUCAUCCUGAUUGGCUGGGUUGGCUGCUGUUCCAAGUAAAAUACUUUGAAUUCCAUUAUAUCAAUAAAGAUUGAUUUAACAAACAACAAAAUUUAACAAUAUAUGUGUAACUACUUUCUCCCUUGUCUUUUGAAAUGCUUGUAAAUGAGAUGUCAUGUGGAUAAAUAUUUUUUAUUAACUAAUUGCCCAUUUAUGAAAUGGGAAAAACUCUUGACUGUUGCCCAAGGCACAGGUGGAUAUUUUCCCCCAGUUAGCAGGCGUAAUAUGGUUUCAGAAAUGAAAAUUUCCCCCCCAUGAGUUUCUUUCAAGAUUUUUGCUUUGAGAGAAUCAUGUGAAGUUAUACUUGCCUCUUGUUAAUGAAAACUCAUUUGUCAGAGUCUGACAAUCUUACUUUUUAUGGUAUGUUUUAUAUGGCCCCGUUGACUUAGAACAAAAACUAGUGUUUUAACAGAAUGUGAGAUUUGAAAUACAGCAUGUUCAGAAUAUUUAACUGUUGAGAUUAAAUUUUAAUUCUUAAAAAAUCAUAAAAGUAAUAAAACUAAUUUGACUUUUCUCCUAUUGAACAUUCAAAGAUAACUUUUCAAAUCAGUCGUGUUUGCAGAACUACUGUUUCGUGCACCUUGUAUUUUGUCCCUUUUUAUGUUGAGAAUAUUGUAUGAUCAAUAUGUAGCUUUCUUUAAUCUUUCAGUCAACAGAUUCCCCCUCCAAAGGAAAAUCAACAAAAUAUAUAAAUAGGUUGUAGCAAUGUAGCUAGAAAUUUUUUUAAAAAGGUGUAAAAUAUACCUUUUUAUAGGAAGCAAUGUACAAUGCGUUUUUCUAUAUCUGUCUUUCCCCCCCUAACUUGGAAAUAUACAUUUGUGUGUAUAUAUAGCCUUAAAACUGUUGCAGAGUUAGGGAGUGUUGAACAGUGUUGAACAGUGAAAAAGUAACUUAAUAAUGUCUCAACUAAGGAUAGCAUUAUACCAGCAAACACUUUUAUUUUAUUCCUCUUGUUUGUGUGAGGUGCUUAACCUUGACAUCAUUGUAAUCAGUUUGUACCCUGUUAAAGCAUGAAGAAAAACAUAAGCACUAUUUGUAUUUAUAAAUUUAUAGCGAUUUUGGGUUAAAGAACCAAUCCUUCCCCCUACAUACAAAUAAAUGGUUAAAAUGUA